GAGGAGCUCCAACUCAACUCCAAGAUCUUCGAAAGGGACUGACUUCAAUCAAACACCUGAGACUGUGUUAGAGCGAGAACUUUCAAACAGAAAAUGGCUCAAGUAAAUCUGAUCUUAGUUGCAUUCGGCGUCACGCUACUCCUUCUAGCAGAGACGUGGGCCCAGAAUCCCAGGAAAAGACUGGCACCUCCAAAACCUCCUAAAGGUCAGUGCUGCGACGAGGUGCGCUCUCUUAAGGUCCAGGUGGCCAAUCUAACCAGCAUCCUCGAGGAGCUCACCCGCAAGCAGGAGUCCGACUUGAUGAAUAUCGUGAGGCAAGUAAUGGAGCUGGACAAGAACAACCGGCAGCAAGAAGCCCGGGUCACAGAGGCAGAGAGCAAGUACUCAGAGAUCAACAACCGUGUGGAGAUCAUGCAGCUGCAAACUCUACAGUCUGCUACCCAGACCUCAUCAGAUGCCAUCUAUGACUGUGCAUCCCUCUACAGCAAGAGCUACAAGAUCUCUGGCGAGUACAAGCUGCCAAAGGAUGAGUUUCUGGGAACACCUGAGCUGACUGUCUUCUGCGAUAUGGAGACGAAUGGAGGUGGUUGGACUCUGAUCCAAAGGCGCAAGGUGGGCCUGACAUCAUUCCACCGAGACUGGAAGCAGUACAAAAGAGGAUUUGGAUCCAUCCGCGGAGACUUCUGGCUUGGCAAUGACAACAUCUUCCGUCUGACAAGGCAGCCCAGUGUGCUCAGGAUUGAGUUAGAGGACUGGGAAGGACGGACUCGCUAUGCUGAGUACGGUUUCUUCAAUGUGGGUAAUGAACUCAACAGCUACAAGCUCUUCAUUGCCAACUACAGUGGGAAUGCUGGAGACUCUCUGCGCUACCACAACAACACCAACUUCAGCACCAUCCACAAGGACAAUGACAAGUGUGUGGAUGACUGUGCUUCCCUACGUAAAGGUGGUUACUGGUACAACUGCUGCACUGACUCAAACUUGAACGGCGUGUUUUACCGCUACGGUGAGCACACAAAGAGCUCAGAUGGGAUCACUUGGUACGGCUGGCACGGGUCCAACUACUCCCUCAAAAGAGUGGAGAUGAAGGUCAGACCGGUGGGCUUCCAACCAUGAGUGCUUCAGCUGUGUGUCCUGGAUCGAGAUCAUAGGCACGCAUGUUGAAAGAUCUCGCUAAUACCUGUUCGAACAAGUUGUGGGUUUUGCUUCGACUGCGAAAGGAAUGAGAAUGUUGUUUUUGAUGGUUACAUUUCAGUCUGAUGAAUGUGUUGUGUUUGCUGUGUUUGAUUGUAAAUUGUAGUUCAUUGUGUGUAUUUAUCAGUAAGAUAUUUUAUUUUUUAAAAGCUUUGAUAGAUGCUCUUUUACCACUGUCCCCAAUGGGUUACUGCAUUGUCAUCUCUUCUCUCAUUUGUCUUGAAAGCACUAUGAUGUAUUUGUUUUUUUUAAUACAAGCCGAAUAGAAGCAAAAUCAGUCCAGACUGGUCUGGUUCAGGUACAAAUCAUCAAGGAAUGGUAGGAACUAAUUCAGUGAUCUUUGAGGGUAGAAUGGGAUCAACCACCAAAGGUACUUCCUGAAUUACGCUGCAUUUUAUCAUAAAACCGUAACCAUUGAUUAUGGAAAUGUGUUAUUUGUAAAAUGUGUACAGCUCUGUA